CCGGACGACAAAGGCCCAGCCGUUGGCGUUGCCACCCUACCUCUGACACACUCAGACACCGCCAGCAGAACCAGAAACGGCCGCCGCUCCCGGAGCACAAUAAAAGCGGCAUAGCAGCAUCCGUAGCUGUCCGCCUCAGAGCGUAGCGUAUGCACGGCGCUUGCGUCGGCGAGGGAUGGAGGAUGACGCAGCGGCUGGGAACGUGGCGGCGCCGGGCGGACGCGGACCGUCGGCCAAGCGCGGGCGCACCGGCGUGACGAGCGGCGGCACGGAGGUGGCGCCGUGGGGCCAGCCGCCGCAGCCGGGGCAGAGGCAGCUCGGUGCGGCGUCGCGGAUCUGCCGCGUGAAGGCCACGGGCGGCAAGGACCGGCACAGCAAGGUGUACACCUCCAAGGGCAUCCGGGACCGCCGCGUGCGCCUGUCGGUGCCCACCGCCAUCCAGUUCUACGACCUGCAGGACCGCCUCGGCUGCGACCAGCCGAGCAAGGCCGUCGAGUGGCUCAUCAACGCCGCCUCCGCCGCCAUCGACGACCUCCCGCCGCUCGACCCAGCCGCCUUCGCCGCCAUGCCGGACGUCCAGCAGCCGGCCGGCCCCCGCGCCGGCAAGCAGCAGCAGCAGCAGGGCAGCAGGUCCUUGUGCAGCAGCACGUCGGAGACGAGCAAGGGGUCCGACCUCUCGCUCUCGCGCUCCGACGGCCGCGACAAGGAGGUCACCGUGGCCAGCGCGUCCCCGGCGCAGUCCGCCGCGUCCUUCACCGAGCUGCUCACCGGCGCCGGCGCCGCAGACCCCAGGCAGCCCUCCUGGCAGCCCGUGUCCGCGGCCGCCUCGAACUGCGUCGGCGUCGCGCACCCAGGGAAAGCCGGCGCGCAGGUGGUGCCGACGACAUAUCCCGGCUUCAGAUUCGGCAAUGCGCCCCCGGUCGGCAUGGUGCCGGCGCAGCCCUUCAACUUCAACUUCGCCACCUCCGCCCAGAUGACCCACUUCUCGCUCGACCAGGACGCGCUGGCGCCCGCUCCGGCUCCCGCUACGGCGGGGGACUACAGCCUCGACUUCUCCAUGUCGUCGGGUUUCUUGGGCGCCAGCAGCAACAACAGGAGGACCCUUCUGUCCAAUUCGCAGUCGCAUUUCUCAAGCCAGCAGCAGCUCCAGGACCUGGGCGACGGACCGAGCCCUCCGUUCCUCUACGAUGAAAACGCCGCCGCCGUCGCCGCGGACAGCAGCCACCUCACGGCCACCGCGGCGCUGCAGCUGUGGAACGGAUUCCGGCACUCCACCAUGAAGGAGAAGACCAAGAACUGAUCCCGCGCGCCAAACAUUCUCCAAACGGUGGAACCGAAGACAUCGAUGUUUCCUGAAUAUGUUUCGGCAUCGGCAAUAAUAUUCACCUCGUCUGAGCGGAGCUGCUGCCUAGCUAGGAGUUUAUGGCGACGACUGUCUGUGUCCUUGGAGCUGGAUGAUCACCCAUCGUUCUUCCAACUCUAAUCUGGUCGCCGUAUAUGGACCCUGCUGCCAUUUAUCUAGGGAAUCAUGGGCUGCGUUUUUUUCCUUCUCUGAGAUGAUGGCUGUGUACAAGUUUUUUCGGCAGUUCUAGACAAGACAGGCAAGACCUAGCUGUGGGAGCUGUAAUUCUUUUGUUUUAGAAUCUGUGUUGGGUGGAUUUAUGCAAUGUGCCCCCUUUUAGGCCAGACUAUUGCCGAGUUUUGAGAAACAAGUCUGCCGUUGGUCGCGUACGAAGAAGGAAGCUCCUUUGCUUGGCAAAGUAUGUGGAAAUUAAAUCUGGGUUCCGUCUAAUGUAUUUUUUCGUAGCCGUUGAUUAAAUCGGUGUGUAACUUCUAUAAUACUUCAACAAUUCUAACCGUUCGUUCUGAAGGUCAACUCAUCGAAUCAUAAUCAGAAAAAAAAAUCAUCAAAUCCUUCUUCCCACGAAUGCCCGCCCCAGCCGCCGCCCUCUCCUCAAUCGCACCGCCAGCCGCCGCGGACGCACCCUCUCCUCCAUCGCAGCCGUUGCCUCCGCCGCCCCCUCCCUCCGUCGAAGCCGCCGGCCGUCGCAGCCGCCCUCUCUCCUCCAUCGCGGACGCCAGCCGCCGUGGCUGGCCCUCUCCUCCAUCGCAGACGCGAGCCGCCGCUCCUCCCUCCGUCGCAGCCGCCAGACUCCGUCGGGCCCUCCCUCCGUCACAGCCGCCGCCGCCCCCUCCCUCAAGGAUCAGGAUAAGGAUCAGAUGAUCAUGUCUUCACUAACUUACUGUACGGUGAAUUGUGAUAACCUUCCUCUAUCUAUGACCAGUACUAUUGCUGAAUUGAACCAUCAUUCCUUGACCUUCCGAUUUUAAGAUUUAUUGAUGUACAGUACAGUUAUCAACCAGCGAUUCCCCAAAUGUGGCAUUCUAGAUGUGAUGUACAUCUCUGUUUGAUCUUUGUGGAUUUUCAUCAUUAAGAAAAGCUUGACACUUGUAACGUAUUCUAGUGGUGGCUCUCCAAGUGUGAGACCUGUUUAGUAUUCUAGCUUUGAGUUACAUUGUUUCCUGAUGCAUGAAACCUUUUGCCCCUGUAAUAGUUAUGUAAUGGCAGAGCUUUUGGAAGGGGUGGUAGCAUAUUAUAAUGGUUAUAAUGGUGUCUCGUGAUUCUCUUAGUUCGGCACAAUCUAAAUUCAUGCUGGUAUAUAUGUUCGCUUUCAUUAUUUUGUAACGUAUUGAAUACUACUCUGCACAUUAACCUUUGUGCCAUAUCAUGUGUUGUUCCUAAAUGUUAGAUUUAUAUUUUUGCUGAAUGCAUGUCUUCUUAGCUGCAAGUAUCAGAUGAAGGUAACAAUGUUAAUGGGCUACAAGGAACAACAAUGUAGAAGCUGGUUACCAUGAUGAAGUGAUGAUCGAUGUAGCAGAUGUGAGUGAGGAAGAAGCAAGUGCAAGCCAUGGUGCCCAGCCCGCUGCAACGCCGCCGCUCUUCUCGCUGCCGGGAUCAGAGUCGAUGGCCAUAGUCCCCUAUCGCCUGUUGGAUCGUACGCCACUGCGUCAACUCUCUAGGUAGUCAACUGUACUGAUGAAUGAGGGCUCUCCAUUAUAUGCAGUAUUCACAUCAUGGCACGGAGGCACCAAAUUUGGUUGAUCCACUUGAUCUCGUUACUAAAGAAAGCUUGAAGUCGCCGACAGUGACAAUUUUCUGACAGCAUCUAUCGUGCAUCGCCCAUGAAUGUUCUGUGCAUUGUGUGCCACUCACUAGAUGUUGUUUCAUUAAGCAAGAUGACACUCAGGAUCUCAACUCAAGUAGCUGCGGAUAGUGAUGCUUUCUUCAUUUUUUUCUUAAGAAUUUGUCUUCCCCUAUUUAAGGUGGGUCUUGAUAUUGUACAAAUGAAAUUAAUGUACAGCGUGUGAAUAUAACUUUGGCAUUUGCA